CCAGGGGAGGUUAAGGACACAGGCCGAGAGAUGAUAGUGCCCACAACCCAGUGGUCUACAUAGAGACUCUAUCUAGUGCAGAACUAGACUGCUCUAUAAAGGUUGGGAGUACCUGCCUAGGAAGUAAAGUUGGAGGGCCUUCAUCCAACCUCAGUACCAGAACCCUGGGUGAGCCAAGGGGCUGCAGCAGACCCUGUGGUCUGGGAGGACAAUAACUUAGUGUGACCCACGUGGGCUGUGAUGUCAUAGCUAACCAUUUAUAAGCUUGGGGGUAUUUUCAAACUCAUCUGUCCCCACUGUUCUGAACACACUCCCCUCUGCCCUCCCAAUUCUCUAUUCUUCUUUGUGGCCAUAGUUGUAGCUCUGUGGUUUGGCUAAGGGAACAUGGGAUCUUUCAGACACUCAGCAGCACUUUAGACAUUAUACUCAGGGCCUGAUGGUGCAGCCAUGUUCAGAACCUGCCUUGGUGAUAGCAUAGCCAGGGUCUCUAACCAUAGAGACCAUAGAGAAUGCUCUUAACCUUAUGUUGUGUUUCAGAAAGUAUGGGUUUCUGAUGCCUCAGUUUACUCUUUAAUGGCUCCCCUGGCUACAAGCUUCUUAUAGAGACAGACCCUUUGAAUUGCUGCUCUCUUUUCAUGUGUCUUCUGGCUUUUCUCAGGACUCCUUGGCUGCAGAGAUCGAGGGAACGAUGCGCAAGGAGUUGCAGUUGGAAGAGCCUGAGUCCCCAGACAUCACUCACCAGAAGCGUGUCUUUGAGACUGUGAGAAACAUCAACCAGGUUGUCAAGCAGAGGUCACUGACCCCUUCUCCCAUGAACAUCCCUGGCUCCAACCAGUCCUCAGCCAUGAACUCCCUCCUGUCCAGCUGUGUCAGCACCCCCCGGUCCAGCUUCUAUGGCAGUGAUGUUGGCAAUGUUGUCCUUGAUAACAAGACCAACAGCAUUAUCUUGGAAACUGAAGCAGCAGAUCUGGGGAACGAGGAGCGGAGCAAGAAGCCAGGCACACCAGGCACGCCCGGCUCCCAUGACCUGGAGACGGCCCUGAGGCGGCUGUCCCUCCGCCGGGAGAACUACCUGUCAGAGCGGAGGUUCUUCGAGGAGGAGCAGGAGAGGAAGCUGCGGGAGCUGGCUGAGAAGGGCGAGCUGCGCAGCGGCUCCCUCACGCCCACCGAGAGCAUCAUGUCGCUGGGCACGCACUCGCGCUGCUCAGAGUUCACUGGCUUCUCGGGCAUGUCCUUCAGCAGCCGCUCCUACCUGCCCGAGAAGCUGCAGAUCGUCAAGCCGCUGGAAGGUGAUCCCAAGGGGCCAAGGCCCCUCUCUGUCCUCCUGAGCGACUCCCUCUGGUCCCUCAUCCACCACAGCAGGCGUGGCCACCGCUGCCACACCUACUCCUUUUUCUUCCGUGACAGCCACCCACGCUGCUGGUUCGAGUUCCUCUGAGGGUGGCCCAUAACCUGGCCUUGUUGCUGCCUCAGUGGGUUUGGCAGUGCAUGCCCCACCCACCGAAGUAACCCCAGGGAGAUGCACACAGUAGCCUUCUAAUUCUCUUGCUUUUGCCUUAGUGCCUUAGAUAUGAGACCUUUUGGAGAGGCAGAGGCACUGCCGACAGACCCCGAAAACCAUUAGCCAUGCCUGAGGAAUAUAGGGAGCUCACACUUUCACUUGUAAGACAUUUUGCCAUCAAGGAGCAGUGCCAAGCAACUACCAUAAUUUUUUUUCUUUUUUGUUUUUCAAUAACCACGUGAAAAUGAUCUGUGGGCUCAUGUGUUCUGAUUUGAUCUUCAUACAAAGAGUAUGGCUUUCUACAGAUGCAGUGUUCCGAGCAAGACUCCUAGAGUCUGCAGUUUGGUGACCAGGAAAGGGUAGCUGUGUAGGCCAGUGAGCUUUUGUAGCUCUCUAGUUUAAGCCACCCUUUUGCAGGGGCAGUUCACUUUUUAGUGUCAGGGCUUCUUGGUUGAUUAGACUCAUGGAAAAACUCAACUUUUGUUUUCUUUCUCCUUUUUUCAUUUUUUGCUUUGGGUAUUAUAAAACAUUUUCCCUGUGCCUACUGCUACCUGCCAAGAGCCACCAUGUUUGUAGUUUUCAUUUUUCACUCCUUUAGUGUGGAAACCCACAGAGACUUUGAGAAGGUGUUUUAGAAUUCUGCAUUACAUUUCUGAUGCAAAGCCAAAAUUUCUGUGAGUCAGUACUUCUCAACAUUUAUUACCUCUUUAAGAACCAUUUUUAGACACUUUUACCUAAUUGCACCCACCAUGCAAUUUUAAUAUCACAGAAAUAUCAUUUAUGUACUUCAUAUAUAAUCUAUAUGUAGAUAUAUGUCAAAUAUAAAAAUAUAUAUUCUGUGCCUAAAAGGAGUAUAAUUUGUCUCACCUCAAAGACAUCUGUUUUUUUCCCUUUUGAAAAUACAGGCUGUAAGAUUAGGUUGUGCUUGUUAAAGAUUCAAGACAUGACAAAAUCCUUUAUUUUCCAAAGGAGGGAAGAAAAUGGGCUGUUUUUUGUCUCCAUGGUAAUUUUUAAUUGUAUAAUUUAGGGCCUUUCUAGAUUUCAGAAAAGGGAUGGCUUAUUCUUUUUUUAAAAAUUAUUUAUUCAGUUGUAAGCUUGGCAAUUGUUUUCUGAUUUUCAAUUAUGUCUGUUUUCCUUUUAAUAAAAUCUUCCAUUUCUGCAAUUUUCCUUUCUGCCUUUCUUUUCUUUUCCUUCCUUUGUCUCUCAAAGAUCAUUGGAUGUUAUCAUCUCUAUCCUUUCCUUUCUUUAUUUUACUGUGUUUCAUUGGAUCAUCUAAGAAUAUGUUUUUUGGAUUAAUUUCCCAAGUAUAUUGCAGAAUGAGAUUUUUAAAAAUUUAUUUUGACCAAUUCAUCUUUAUUUCUUCUAACCUCAGACUUAGAAAUAUUUUUGUGAUAAGUUAAUAGAAUAAGAGAAAAUCCCACUUGAUAUGCAAGGUAAAUUUCAUUUGUAGCACCCUGUUCCCAAGAAGCUAAAUUACUACCAUUAAAAAGUCAUGUCUUAUCACUACACCCUGUAACUCAUCCUCAUGAUAAAGAUCCUUUGGGCUCCAUUUUGUAGUUCUCUGAUUUCUUAGCUGUUUAAAACACAAGCAAUAUUUUAUUACUCCUUCUA